GAUCUAAUGACCAAAAACACACACACACACGCACUCUUCCAUCACUACCACAAAUGGCGAAGCUCAUAGUCGUGUUGGCUACUUUUGCCCUCUUCCUCCUCGUGGCGAACGCCUCCAUCUACCGUACGGUGGUGGAGUUCGACGAGGAAGACGUCAACCAGAGCGGACAGCAAGGCCAGUGCCAGAGGGAGUUCCAGCAGCACCAGCAGUUUAGGGCUUGUCAGAAAUGGAUCCGUCAACGCGGUCAACGCGGUGGAUACGCCGAGGAAGACAUCGAGCUCGUCGUGGAAGAAGACAACGACGAGGACGACAUGAACCAGAGGCAGCAGUCACUGCAGCAGUGUUGCAGGGAGCUGAACCAGGUGGACCGAAUGUGCGUCUGUCCGGUGAUAAGGCACGCGGCUCAGCAGGUGAGGUUCCAGGGACAGCACCAGCCGCAGCAGGUGAGGCAGAUGUUCCGAGCUGCUCGGAACUUGCCCAACAUCUGCAAAAUCCCUGUCGGACAAUGCCAGUUCCAGGCCACCCCUUACUAGGCAAUCCUUUGUAAGAAAAUGUCCACCAUGUGCAUGAGAAUAAUAAGAAGAGUAUGUCUGUAAUCAAAUCACACACUAUCGUGUGUGUAAUGUAAGAAAGUGUGAAGGCUAAUGUAACUAUAUGCGCUUGUCCUUAUCAAAUAAGAGGCUUGUCUGAA